AUGGAGGCGGCCGUGGAUUGGCGCUGCCGGCCGGGUGGGCGGCUUGACAUGAGCCACGGUUUCGUGCGGCAUAUCCGGCACAAUCAGAUCGCCAGGGACGCCUACGAGCGGGCGGUGCGGCAGGCGCGGGGCCGGGCGCGGGGCCGGCUAACACCGACUCCCGCACGGCCCCGCCGCCCCGAUCAGCAGGUGUACCGGCCCCGCCGGCCCGGGUGCGGUGCCACAGGCGGCUCGGGGGGGGGCACCAGCCCGGGGUCCCCCCCGAGCGACCCCCGCGGGCCGAGGCUCUUCUGCCUGGAGUACGAAGGGGACGAUGGCUGCGUCACCUCCGUCAUCGUCCACCAGGGGGACAGCGCAGAGGAGGUCACCCGCAGGGUGUGUGCCCGGAGCCCGCUGGAGCCUGCCCUGCGCCGUGCCCUCUGCCAGAGGGUGCAGGAUGAGCUCAGCAAGCGCCGAGGGACAGGCUGA